GUAACAGCAAUCGACCUUCCAUCUUUUAAUAAUCUUUUUUUAUGUCUAUGUGUGAGACAGAGGAAACACCGUUUUCGAGGAGUUUUAUCAAGUUACAAGAGUACAAUAAAAAUGAUUUAAGAAUACGUAUUAUGCAGUGGAAUAUGCUAGCUCAAGGUUUUAUCCCACUGGAUGAAUUUGUAUAUUGUCCUAGUAAACUUUUAUCACUAGAGCGGAGAUGUAAGAUAAUAGCUAAUGAAAUUUUGCAUUACAACCCGGAUUUCAUAUGUUUACAAGAAGCUGAUAUCAUUAAAGACAUUGUAAAUCAUCUUAAUGAGAAUGGUGAAAAAAUUGCCUACGAUUAUCAAUUCCUACCAAAACGUUUAUCACCGUGUUUAUUUGUUGAAGAUAAUCAAGGUCCUGAUGGACUUGCUGUUAUUUAUCGGAAUGAUAAUUUUGAAUUAUUGAAGUCAGAAGAGAUCCCAUUGGAUGAAAACAACUCACGUCAAGCAUUGUUUUGUCAUUUUAAGCAUAAAAAUGAUGACAAUGCCAACAAAGGGUAUUCUGAUAUCUACCUAAUUUGUCUUCAUUUGAAAGCUAAAGAAAGCUGUUCAGAAAUACGUUAUCAACAAGGAAAGAAGCUUGUUGAUUACUUGUCAUCAUUCAUUAAUCAUACUUCCUCCAACUCAACAUCAGUUGUGAACUAUCCAAUUUUUGUUUGUGGAGAUUUUAAUGCUGAGCCUACAGAAUCAGUAAUUAAUCUUCUACGAAAUUUCCCUUCCAGUCCUAAUACACCCUAUAAGCUUACAAGUGCUUAUUGUUUAGCAGGUAGCGGUAGUGAACCUGAAUUCACAACAUGGAAAAUCAGAAAAAGUGAACGAAUUGUAAAUUUAACUGAAGUUUGUCACACAAUUGAUUAUAUUUGGUACUGUGAUCGUUUGUGUACUCUACUAGGGGUUUGGUCUAUUCCAUCGAAAAGUGAAAUCGGUCCCUUUGGUCUUCCAUCAGCUAUGUUUCCAUCAGACCACAUGAAUUUAAUUGCAGAUUUCAGCUUAUCUACAUGUGAGAGAUAAUGGAAGAUGUCGAAAUGUGACAUUGUGUUCAAGAGCAAGCUUCAGUGUUUCUAUCAGUCUUGCUUUAAAUUGUUCAUCAGUCAAUUUCCACUUAACUUCCAUGCGGUUGGAAUCUUUUCCGCUAACUAUGGAUACGUCGUCGUACAAUAUGUAAAGAAAACGUUGUAAACACCAUUCCUUCAGAACUCUAUGCUUGUUGAAUAAAUACUGUACAUACAUCUUACUUAGUUAUUACUUGAGAUUAU